AUGUCAUACAAGGUCUACCGCGUCGCCUAUGCGGGUAUGCCGCGUGACCACCAUGCGAUUAACGUGGAGCAGAACGAUGAUGAGUCCGGCUGGCUCUUCCAGGUCACAGGCGACAUCCAGAACGGGAUGAGUCACGACGACAAAGCGACAAAGCGGCAAAGAAGCCGGACGAGUCGGCUAGCUACCAGGGCAAAGACUUCCUUGGGAAAGUCACGGUUGCCAACUUUGACCAGAUCAAAGGCAUAUGCUGCUCCAUUGCGCCCCCCAAGAAGCAGUUCGACUCGAAUCCCAUUCUUCCGAUCCUGCCUGGCUACCGCAAAGAGGAAAAAAAAAGACACAAAACAUACAACACUACGGAUUCCCCAAUUGUCACCAACUUGA